AUGAUUGACCCGGCAUAUCGAUUCUUCGCCGACAGUGGUGGUGGUACUAAUCAUGUUAACGAUGAAGUUAUUAUUAUGGACUUUGACCAACGCCGCCAUUAUUCCAUUCGUGGUCCAUCAAGUUUCUUGAGGCUGGCCGACGAAGCGUGCGAAGGGUCUGAUGCAAUCGAAGUCCUAAAGCGAUAUAUGAAUGAACUCGACCCUGCUGUUCAAACCCUCAAUGUCGACCCUAAUUCCUAUCGAAAGGUCCAUCCCUCGGAGCAAGACCCAGACGUGGUCAUGAGGCUUGAGGAGCUUGGUGGUGUAUCUUGGUUCGACAUAAUGAGCAUGGAAUGCACCUUUCUGGAGACUCUAAGUCUUGGAGAAGGUAGUGGAAUCAGCCGCGAAGACCUUCACUAUUUCUUGUGCAGAGCAACCCAUUUGCGGGCGGUGAAGCUUGAUCGCGGCAACGAGCAUCUUCUCAUUGAUCUUGUGCGGCCCUACCUCAAGAGCCUGGAAGUCCAUCCAGAAUGGAUGAUGCGUUGUGACUCAUGCGACAUCUUGUCACAGUUGCAUGCUCUUGAGUACCUCGAUGUUACAAUCGCAGAUGCCACUAUCACAAGUGAUAAGCUUCUCAGCCUCCAAUCUCUCAGCCAUCUCACUCACCUACAUAUAUGGCCGACCAACAAUAUCGGUGCUACGAAAUGCACUGUCACAGCAGCAGAGUUGGUCAAUCUCAUCGAAGCUCUUCCGGAGCUCGUUGACCUCCGUAUCUGGCUGGAGUUUGACUUCUUUUGCUUUGAAGAAGCGGUCCAGGCUGCAUAUGAUCUGCUUGGAAGAUAUCCACAGUUCGACAACCGGGAGAACCGUCAAUCACCAAACCUCAUUACAAUGUUGCGCGACGACAUUCACGACUGGAUGCCAGCGUCUCCACAAGCCCCUCACAUGGACAGCCGACCCUCGACAGUGCGGCGCCGGGAAGCGGUACUCGACACCCUCAAAGCCAUCGAGCAAGAGCGCUACAAUUCCGGGUGCCCCUACGAAGAUGACCAUUGUCGUCGCUAUCGCAGCGAGGUUCACAACCUAGUCUGGCACUUCGAUCCCUACGCGCCGCAACUUGAGCCGUCUCCUCUCCUCACUCAGAUCGGCGAGCUCCCAGAGUUGGCAGUCCGCUUCAUCUGGCACAGCCCCAAUCACAAGCGCCUGCUUUCUACUUCGAUCUCCGAGAAGCGUGUCCAAGAAUACGCUGCCCUUGUGCGACACAUGGUUCACACGGCCUGCACAGGCAAGCAUCUCGAAUCCAACUUCUCUUGGGGUCCCGGCUUUUCGACCACCAGGCCAGUACCAAGGCUGCCUGGUCUCACCAGUUUGGAAUGCGAGUCGAACUCAUUGCGCAACAGAAGGAUCGAGGAACUGUCCACAAUCUUUGUGCCCACUCUGAAACGAUUGAUUGUACAAAAAUAUGCCGCCUAUGAUUGGGAUCGACCUAUUCACUAUCACUCUCAACUUGAAGGUGUCUCCUGGUUCGACUUCAUGACCGAAAACUGUCCCCUCCUCACGUGCAUCAAGCUGGGCGGCGGCUUACACAUCGACACCGCUACCUUUAAGCGAUUUCUCAAGAAAGCUGCACAUCUCACAUCGGUCGAGCUCGGCAGUGGUAACGAGCAUCUCCUCGUCGACGAACUGGUUCCCAUCCUGAAGAGCACGAAGCUCACUAUCAGCCACCAUUCGUAUGAAACCAACGCCAUCAACCUCGGACAAAUUUGGAAGAUGCAUGCAAUUGAGGAUAUCGAACUUACUGUCUGGAAUGUGUGUUUGACGGGUAGCGACGUUCUCGAGUUCAAGGCUCUGACCAGACUGAGGUCACUACAAGUCUAUGCAAGAGGCAGUCCUGCUCUCACCAGAUGCAGUGCGUCCGCAGAACAGUUGGCACAGAUGAUUGAAGCAAUGCCCCGUCUCGAUGAGUUCAAGUUGGAGAUUACCUGCGAGUUCAUGGAGAGUCAUCCAGAGUUGCUUCAAGAUGAGUGGGAGGCUGGUACUUACUUCGAGGGUCACAGUUGUCGCCAACAGUACUUGAACUAUUUGCAUGAGAUCGCAGAGCAAGAGCGUACAAUUGCAGUUGCUGUUCCUGAUAACCUUUUAUUGAGUUCCUGA